AUGAGUAUUACAGUUUCCAAUAAAGAUCAGGAACUGCCUCCUCUUUUGUUACCAAAUUUGAACUUUAUAAAACACAAGUUAUCACAUUUCAACAUUAAUACGGGAUCAGGCGUAACUGAUCCAUUUUUAUCUUCUCCAUCUUCUUCAUCCUCUACUACAAAUGAUGACCAUACCAAUAAUAAUUAUCCUAAAAGACCGUUAGAGGCGAACGUUAAUGAAAGUGGUCUAGACCAUCUGGCCUUUUUAGCAACUAAGAGACCGAAAUUAUUAGCUAAAGGAACUGGUGAUCCGAUGGCAAAUAACAGCAACAACGAUUUGGACAGCAAUAGUCCCAUCAAUAUUGCUACAAUAACGCCUCCUCCCACAAUGCCAGUUAGUGCAUCUAUAUCUCCUUCAAUGCACUCUAACGUCCCUCAUAUGAUUAAUACGCCUCCUCCAAGACCCAACACGGCAUUGUCUCAGAAUCAAUCACAACAGCACACUUUACCUCAGCAUUUACAACCUAUACCAAUCAGUUCUUCAAGUCAAAAUAUGUACAUGAAAUUAGAUAGAAAGAUGAAAAACCAAACUAUUCCACUGAUUUCAUUAAAUUUUAACUCUCCUGUUCAAAAUUUAAUGAGUAUUAAUCAAAACAGAAGAACUGCAUCCCCUUUGUCUACUUCUUCAUCCCCAUCUCCUUCACUAUCAGCUUCUUUCAGUUCAAACUCAAAUACAACGACAAAAAGGCAAAGAGUAGGACCAAGUUGUGAUAAAUGUCGAUUGAAAAAAAUUAAAUGUGACGCUAAAAUUGUAAUCUUAGCACAGGAUGAAUUUAUUAUUACAUUAUUUUCAAAUAAGUUGCACUACGUUCUAACUAAUGAUGAUAUUUUACAGAAUAAAUCAACUUUAUUGAAAUUAAAUAUUUCUAAAGAUACUUUAGAGACUAUUAUUAACAGUAAUAAUGACAACAUUGAAAAUACAAGUCCAAAUAAUGCUAACAAUGGCCAACUGUUCUUAGUCAAACAUAUUGACAAGCUGAUUUUAUUCAAACAAUGUCUUUCAUGUUGUAAAAGGAAAAAUGCUUCAAAUAACGGCAUCAACAAGAAAAAUGCUUGCAUUUGUUUAUUUUCUAAAGGUUUUACCAGGGCUGAUAUUAAUGUUUUCUCAAAAAUUUCAGCAAGAGUUAAGAAUAAGACUAUUUACGACAUUGAAAUUUCAGAUUACAAAGAAUCAGGUUUUUGA